AUGGCGAAAAAAUACUUGUGUUUUGAUUUAAACGCCCUUGCUGAGCCAACAAAAUAUAUGCUUCAUUACGCUGGACAGCAGUUCGAAGACGUCCAAUAUGAACUGAAGAAGUGGCCAAUACAGAGCGUAAAGGAUUGGUUGCCCUACGGCCAAUUUCCACUGUACGAAGAGGGUGGCAAAACUUUAAACCAGUCAUUCGCUAUCGCUCGUUACAUCGCCAGUCAAACCAAUCUAUUGCCGACCGACGCUUGGGAACAAGCUGAACUCGAUGCUGUAGUGGGAAAUUUAUACGACUUCUGGUCUAAGAUACCACCGUUUAUAAGAGAGAAAGAUCUGGCCAAGAGGGAAAUUAUAAAAAGGGAAAUCCUUGAAAGUCACGUGAACUUCUAUUUCUCGAGACUCGAAAAGGAAUUACUAAAGAACGGCGGUCACUUCGCGAAGAAGCUUAGCUGGGCUGACUUCGUAUUACUGGGCCUUGUGGAAGGUGUAAGGAUUUUUAUCGGAGUUGAAAUUCAAAAGCCGUAUCCUAAUGUGAACAAACUUGUCGACGAACUCCGAGAACUUCCUGGUGUCAAGGAAUAUCUGGCGAAGAGGACACAUUUGAGCUUUUUAUAA